AAUCAAACUUCCAUCGAAGAGAAGCAAAUGAAAAGUUUCGUAAAAAUUUUUGUAGAAUCGAGAAUGAAAAUUUAAAAAAAUGGUUUGUUGGUAGUGCAUUUGUGAAAUCUGUCCAAAAGGGAUAAUCCCAAUUUGGCCCAGAACAAUUAGAAUAGAUAUAGCCCAAAGAAACCAAGCCCACUAAAAAUUAAGAAAAAUAUCCCAGUGCUCACUCCCAGGGACGGUCCACCAGACGAUUUCGACUCUUUCUCAGCCUGAAAAUCAAAAUCGCUUAUUCCCCACCAACAGCUCCACUGCAGGUUACUUUGGACGAUAAGCUUGUGGGUCAGAAGGACAUUGAGCUCUAAUUCAAGAUUUCUAGCUGCAAGUUUCAGCUGCUGUUACAUUCCUACUUCAAGUUCUAUAUAACCAUCAGAGUUGAUACACAAUUCAUCGUUGACAAGUUUAAUCUCUUAAAGAAUUGCAAAAGAUCGAAGUUUUCUUAAAAAAAUUUAUACAUGCCUUCGGCUGAUUAAUCCUGGAUCCUUCUUGUCAGCCUUGGCAUACGAGUGCUACAAAUCAUUUUAGUCACCACUUUACUGUAUUUGUUUUCCAUAGAGAAACGAUGUCGGAUCAUAAGGCUACCGUAAUUGAUGGUAAAGCAAUUGCUCAAACAAUCCGAUCUGAAAUUGCCACUGAAGUUCGCCGCCUCUCUGAAACCUAUGGCAAGGUGCCAGGGCUUGCAGUGGUGAUUGUGGGGAAUAGGAAGGAUUCUGAAAGCUAUGUGAAUAUGAAAAGAAAAGCAUGCGCUGAAGUUGGGAUAAAGUCUGUUGAUACAAACCUUCCAGAAGAUGUUUCGGAAACCGAAUUGAUUUGCCGGGUCCAUUAUUUAAAUGCAAAUCCUGAUGUACAUGGUAUAUUGGUGCAGCUUCCAUUGCCUAAACAUAUAAACGAAGAGAAAGUUCUAACCGAAAUUGCCCUGGAGAAGGAUGUAGAUGGCUUUCAUCCUAUGAACAUUGGCAAGCUUGCUAUGAAAGGCAGAGAACCUCUGUUUGUUCCUUGCACCCCCAAGGGUUGUCUUGAGCUUCUAAAGCGAAGUGGCAUUACUAUAAAGGGAAAGAAGGCAGUUGUGGUGGGUCGAAGUAACAUAGUUGGAUUACCAGUUACUCUUCUCCUUCUGAAGGAAGAUGCUACUGUUACUGUAGUCCAUUCACGAACCAAGGAACCAGAGAGCAUCAUUCGAGAAGCUGACAUUAUUAUUGCUGCCGCAGGACAAGCGAUGAUGAUCAAGGGCAACUGGAUCAAACCUGGCGCUGCAUUGAUUGAUGUGGGGACAAAUGCUAUAGAUGAUCCAAGUAAGAAGUCUGGUUAUAGACUGGUCGGGGAUUGUGAUUAUCAUGAAGCGUGUAAAGUAGCUGGAUGGAUAACUCCAGUUCCUGGAGGUGUUGGACCAAUGACUGUUGCAAUGCUACUUAAGAAUACCUUGGAUGGAGCCAAGCGAGCAAUAGAGCGCUGAUUGUUCUUCCUCCCUGUUAAUAAAAUCUUUUCUCUGCCGUUUAAUUAGAUUUUGAUUCUUAAAACACGGUAGAACUGCAUUGUAGUUUAAUAAGAUGGAAUUAGAGAGUGCGCGCUUGGCCAGAACACUGGCCGAUGUUAUAUUACAUUUAACUGCUUCUCUCCUCCGUUUUAAUAUAGCAUUGGCGCUGAAUUUACGUCAGAACUUGCUCUGGAA